UGUUGAUGUUGAUGUUGAUGUUGAUGUACAGGAGCUAAUACUGCUGUGGUACUGUUCACUGAUUAUGGAAACCAUGAAGAGGUUCUAGCUACACAUCUCCUGCCUGCAAGGGAUACAGUCUAUCCUGGUCUACCAGCAGCAAGGGAUACAGUCUACCCUAGUCUACCGCCAGCUAUUCCUCCUCCUUUUAAUCAUUAAUUCCUGGUGCUCAGUAACAUCUUCUUAAACCUUUUCAUAAUUGACUAUUGUGAUUCUUUAUUUACUUCUUAAAGCUCUACUACUUAUUUAGCUAUUUUUCUUAUACUCCCCUUUUCAUUACUUCCAACUGUUCAACUAACUUUCAUACUUUCUUCAUGUUGCUUCAUUCAGAUGCGUAAAUUCGCUUCGUUUUAUUGUAUGUUAGAAGUCAUCCAACGCUCCCGCACCCCACGGUCCCACCCCAUCCCACAAUUGACAUUUCAAAAACAUUAUAAAUUUUAUUAUAUUGUGAAUAUGCAAACUUUAUGCAAUUGAAUACCAAAUAGUAAGGGAGUAUUAAUAAUAAGCAGUUAUCAAAAGGUUCACAUGGCAAAGAGUAAAAGAAGCUUUAGUGUAUUUAAUCUGAGCUGGGAAGUUUAAAUGUUUUCAGCUCUGAUCAGUGUUCAUUAUAUUCAAACGCGCUUUCCAUGUGUCUGGAGAGAUGUGAAGGUUAUAAAAAAAGCAAAAGUAAUUAUUUUCUAAAUUUUUAUCAGAUAAUAUGAUAAAUCUCGAUCAGCCAAGAUGGGAUCAGAAUUCGUACUGGGGCAGAGCUCAGCAUUUCUUCACAACUACCAAUCCGUUGAAUCUCUUUGCGACACCUUCACAACUACAGGCAGCUAAGGAAACUAUUGAUAAAUAUAAGUCUGGAGAGAAAACUGAUCUAACAGAAGAUGAGAUCUGGAGAGCUAAACAUCUAUAUGAUUCUGCAUACCAUCCGGAUACAGGAGAACUUAUGUUCCUGCCAGGCAGAAUGGCUGCCCAAGUUCCCUGUAAUAUGCUGGUCACAGGUUGUAUGAUGACAUUUUACAAGACAACACCAGCAGUCGUCUUCUGGCAGUGGUUCAAUCAGUCAUUCAAUGCUGUUGUUAACUAUACUAACAGAAGUGGUGACUCCCCUAUACCAAUGUCUACGCUUGGAACCAGCUAUGCUGCUGCUACAGGAGGGGCACUAGGAACAGCUUUAGGUUUAAAUGCUAUGGUGAAGUCUCUACCCCCGUUGGCUGGACGACUUGUGCCUUUUGCUGCGGUUGCAGCUGCCAAUUGCAUCAAUAUACCGCUCAUGCGCAGAUCUGAACUUCAACAGGGAAUCAUGUUGACUACAGAGGAUGGAGUAAAGGUGGGAGAAUCUAAGAUCGCUGCCAGGGAAGGGAUUUCUCAAGUUGUUCUCAGUAGGAUUGGAAUGGCGUCUCCAGGUAUGAUUCUGAUCCCCCUGGUGAUGAACAAGCUGGAGCAGAAGGGAACCUUCAAGAGGAUGCCGUGGUUGGGUGCUCCGCUCCAAAUCGGUCUCUUGGGGGUCAUUUUAACCUUCGCUACACCAAUGUGCUGCGCUAUCUUCAAGCAGCAGGCCUCCAUCAGCGCGUCGUCGGUAGAGCCUGAGAUCCAGGAGAAACUGAGAAGUUUAUCCAACCCACCAGCUCUCCUCUACUAUAAUAAGGGUCUCUAAGGAGUUCUACAAAGUCCGGUUGAACUGGUAUCAACCUGCGUCCUGCAUGUGCAUCAUUUUUAACAUUGCGUUCUUUUAUCAAAAAGGCCUUCUUUAAAACUGCUUAAAACGGGACCAGCCAUGAAAAUGUUUAGUCAAAUAAGUAAUACGAAAUUCCAGUCUAAUGUAAUGAAUAUUCCCACUGCCAUAAAGACGGGAUUCUAGGCUCGUAGAGGUUGGAUAAAAUCUAUAAAUGCAUUGAAAAAUUAUGUUCAAAAUAUUUUACAUGGUUUUACAAAUCUGAGUUUAUUUAGAUAAAUGUGAUAGAUAUUAAAUUUACUGAGCUUAGCUUAUAUAUGUGAUUCUACCUGGAUGUAGUUCAAGAGAUCCUAGAUCCUAGAAGAUAAAUUUUAUUGUAAUCAACCUUGCAUCUCAUAGAACAAUUUAAAACUUAUGACUUUAUUUUUUAUAAAAAUAGUUGUUCAUUAAUUAUUAUAAUGAUCUGUAACUUCUUUAGCAGCGUUAAAGUUACUUUUGUUAGAAAAUCCUAAUAAAUCUGCUAAAACUAGUUUUUGUUCCGUAUUUUCAGA